GUGCUUUUACAGUAAAUGGGCGUGUUCAAAGCAGCCCUUUGUACAGCAGGAGGCACGACUUUGUACACUGCUCCACUUACAAACAAUUCACAGGCCACAGUCAAGAUGCCGAGCCUGGCUGCGUUCUGCUGGGCCAUACUGGUUCUGGUUGAGGGUCCACUUGGUGGGACGUGUCAAUCAGAUCACCGACGCACCAGCAGCUUCCAGUGUGGCCCCUCUGACCAAGGACUGGCUUGCGCUAACGGGAUGCGUUGUUGUCAAGAGGGUCACCUCUGCAGUGCCGACAGCAUGUGGUGCUUCAAGCCAGAGUCGGUGGUGUUGUGCGGCGACAAGGUGUCCGAGUGCCCCAACGGCAGCACUUGUUGCGAGACCCCGCAGGGCACCUGGGGGUGUUGCCCUCUGCCAAAGGCCGUGUGCUGCGAAGACAAAGAGCACUGUUGCCCCGGGGGCAGCCUGUGCGACGUCCGACGCUCCGUCUGCGUCUCACCGGAGGACGGCGAGGACAUGCCGAUGUGGAACAAGCUUCCUGCCAGGAGGAGGGCUGACUGGGAGAACCAACGAGCCAAUAUGGUCCCCUGUGACGACAAAUCCUACUGCGAAGAUGGCACCACUUGUUGUAAAACCGCCCAAGGGGAUUGGUCCUGCUGUCCUCUACCACAGGCGGUUUGCUGCAGUGACUUACUACACUGCUGCCCUCAAGGUCACACGUGCAACUUGGUUGCUCAGACUUGCGAUCAGGAAUGGCGUUCAGUGCCGUGGUUGGAGAAAGAGGCCGCGGGGUCCAGGCAGCAGGAACAGGAAGUGAAAUGUGACGACACUCACACGUGUUCUGACAGCUCCACCUGCUGCAAGACCCAAACGGGAUCGUGGGGAUGCUGCCCCCUGCCUCGGGCCGUCUGCUGUCCUGACGGCAACCACUGCUGCCCCACGGACUACACGUGCGACGAGCAAGAGUCCAAGUGCGUGAAAGGGCAAGUGGCCAUCCCGUGGUACCCUAAACUUCCGGCCAGCAUCUCUUCCUUACUCCCGCCGCGGACCACUGUCGCUGCCAUGAAGCCGGGAUUCGUGCAGUGCGACGACCAGAGCAUGUGCAACGACGGGCAGACCUGCUGCAAGAUUUCAUCCACGGACUGGGGAUGCUGUCCUUUUGCUAACGCGGUGUGCUGCAGCGACAUGCAGCAUUGCUGUCAGGCCGGCAACAGGUGCACCCUUGGCGGCCAGUGCACCUCGAACGGCGACCUUCCCUGGCUCUAGUUGUCUUCCAAUGACAACAAAAAACCACCAGCGCGAUGUGUUGAACGCUGCUCUUUCUUUGUCUUUGUUCCUCAAUACAGUAUACGACAUACAACACACCAAUGUGAAACCUAUGUUCAUUGAAAUAUUGGAGUCGAUGUUCUAACUGUAGUCUAAUCACUAAAGAAGAAAUGUGGUUUGAAAGUC